AUUCCGUGGUUUAAAAAUUUCCGUGGCACAAUCGAGCGAAUGGACGAGCAACGUUUUGCGUGCAGUGGUGAAAUAGCGAUAUUGAGUGAUGACACCGUGGAAAUAACCGAGUUACCGAUCAGAGUGUGGACGCAGAAUUACAAAGAGAGCGUGGUGGAGGCGAUGUUGGAGGGCUCAGAGAAGCAGAAAUAUACGAUACAAGAUUAUAAAGAGUAUCAUACGGAUGCAACGGUACGAUUCGUGAUAAAAAUGACUAAAGAGAAACUCAGAGAGGCUGAAAUGGAAGGUCUUCAUAAGGUGUUCAAACUUCAAACCGCUAUUAAUACAACAUCAAUGGUUCUGUUUGAUGCAGCUGGUUGUUUGCGUAAA